GGAAGCCAACACCAGGAACCCAUCUGAGCCAGCUAACCCUACCGGUUUGCUUUGGGCUGUCAAAUUACAAUCGCUCAAGUUAAUUUAGAUGAAAUUAAGAUCACAGAGCUGAAUGACAACGACGGUGCUGCUUUCAUAGCACCGUUUUGGCAUCAUUUCCCGCAGCUGAUGCAAGUAAAGAUGACAGGAGGAUUGUGGGUUUUUUGACUAAGCUCAGUGUUAGCAUGGAGAAGCCGUGGAGGCUGUGGGGUGCAGUGGAGCGCUGUACCCUAACUUUUGUCUCCUGGUCCUGGGGCGCCUGCCGUGUCUCCCUGCUGGCUCUCAUCUUAACUUUCCACCUUUACGGAGGUUUUAUCCUGCUGGCGCUCAUCAUUGCUUCCAUGGCGGGCAUCCUCUACAAAUUCCAAGAUGUGCUCCUCUACUUCCCCGACCAGCCAUCAUCGUCUCGCCUUUACGUUCCCAUGCCGACAGGAAUUCCUCAUGAGAAUGUGUACAUUCGCACUAAAGACGGUGUGAAGCUCAACUUGAUUCUCCUUCGCUACACAGGAGGGGACCCUCCUCAUGGAGUCACCCCUUCCAGUCAAAGCAGCAGCCCCACCUCCUCAGCUCCACCCACCAUUCUUUACUUCCAUGGCAAUGCGGGCAAUAUUGGUCACCGGGUGCCCAAUGCUUUGUUGAUGCUUGUCAACCUGAAAGCCAACGUGGUGCUUGUGGACUACCGUGGCUACGGUAAGAGUGAUGGCGAGCCCAGCGAGGAAGGCCUCUACCUGGACGCCGAGGCUACCCUAGACUACGUGAUGACCCGGCCAGAUUUGGACAAGACCAAAGUGAUACUCUUUGGCCGCUCACUAGGGGGCGCUGUGGUUAUCCGCCUAGCGUCUGCCAACCCUCACCGCGUGGCUGCCAUUAUCGUAGAGAACACCUUCCUCAGCAUCCCGCACAUGGCGGCGACGCUCUUCUCCUUCCUUCCCAUGCGCCUGCUGCCCGUGUGGUGCUACAGGAACCAGUUCCUGUCCUAUCGACAGGUGGCGCUGUGCCGCAUGCCCUCCCUGUUUGUUUCGGGCCUGUCGGACCAGCUCAUCCCGCCGGUCAUGAUGAAGCAACUGUACGAGCUGUCGCCCUCGCGGACUAAACGCCUGGCCAUCUUUCCAGAGGGCACGCACAACGACACGUGGCAGUGCCAGGGCUACUUCGCUGCGCUUGAACAGUUCAUUAAAGACCUGCUCAAGAGCCACGCUCACGAGGAGAGCGUCCAGACCUCUGCCAGUGUCACCAUCAUCUGAGUGAAAACCUUUUCUUAAUUUAUUUGACUCUUUUGUUAAUAAGAACAUAACAUGAUCAGGGAGUGGGCAUUGCUCUCUCUUUUUUUAAGGCAGCCAUGAAUGCAUGCGUUUGUAAUCAUGAGGUCAGAGCAUACACGCUGCUCCAGAAAGAUUACAGCAACGUGUUACAGCUCCUGACAUCACUUUGUGUUGCCCACAUAAGGACUCAUGCGGAUUAGUGCUGCGUCUACAUGGCAGCUCAUUAGUACUACAGUGAAAGGGGCACUCUGACAAUCCCCCCCAAGACUUCCCAGUCUGACCUUAUAUUGUAACACACUACAUCCUGCACAUUCAUGUAAAUACACCUGUUUUAUUUGAUAAUGGGCAUCGGUUUCAUGGUGCCUAUUAAUCUCAGUCCAAUGCCAAAUGUAAUCAUAAAACCAACGGAGUACAAGGGCCACACAAAAAAACAGGACCUUUUCUUUUUUAGGGAAAAAAAACCGAAUAAUUUUUCAACUUUUUACUUGACAAAAAUAAGCAGUACUAAUAAUUUCAGUAAUAUUAGAACUAUAUAACUUUUUCUAGGAAAGAAUUCCCUUUUUCUAGUAACCUUGUUACAUCUGACAUUGUCUUUUUUUUUCUCCUCAAAAAAACGGAACUUUUUUCAUGUAAUAUUAAGACUUUUUUCUUGAUAAAAUUGGAGUUUAUUCUUGGAAUAUUGCAACUUUUUUCUCCAAAAAAAAUGCACAUUUUCCUUAAAAAAUUAUGCGUUUUUGUCAUGUGACAUUGCUCCUUUUUAAAAAAAAAAAAAAAAAAUGACUUUAUAGAAAAUUGUUUUUGUUUUGAAGCACUUAUGAAAUGAUGACUUUUCUAGAUUAAAAAUGUAAUUUACUUGCUGUAACAUGACAACUUUUUUUCUGGACAGAAAUAUUAUCCUCAUAAUAAAAAAAAAGAUCCCUGAUUUGUUUUGUUUUUUUUCUAGAGACUUAAUUCUUUUUUUGUUUUUUAGGAAAAGUCCUUUUUGUCCUUGUAUCAUUAUGCCCUUUUUGCUUGAAGAAAAAGACUCUCAAACAUUAGUGUUGUGUUUUUUUCUGAGAAAAAAUACUUUGGCCUCGUGAAAGUAACUUUCUUAUAGAAAAAAAGACUUUGCUGUAACGUUACUUUAUCUUGAAAAAAAGACAUCUCAUCACAUGAAGGAUUUUCACUUGACAUAUGGCUGUAGUUUUCUAAUAUGACGUUUUCCUGAAGAAAGGAAGACUAGAUUCUCUUUGUUCCACUUUUUUGUUGAAAACUUCUUCUCAAAUUUUUUUCUUGUAAUAUGCCUACGUAAAAAUAUUACAACUUUUUUGACAAAAAUAUGAUUAAUACUCAUAACAUUGCCUCCCCCCCUCUGAAAAACUUUGAAAAUGUUAAAAUAUUACUUUUUCCCCCCUUUUUUAUUUUCCUAAUAUUACAUUUUUUUCUUGGGAAAAAAACUCCCAACUUUCAACUUUUUUUUUCUUUUGACGCAUAGCAUUAUACUUUUUUUUUUUUUU